UUCAAAAUACCGGGCAGCAGCUAAAUUUCCAUCUAUCUGAACCUACCUGAUAGAAAGCUCUGCAGAUGGGUUAAAGAAGACUCUGUUUCCUCUCUUCCCUAUUCUUCUUCUUCUUGAGCUCUGAGAUUGAGGAUGUGAUGGAACCAUCUACUAACAAGACCCCUAGAGCCACAACCGUGUUGCUCUUCUUUUUCUUUGCCCUCUCCUUCCUCGUCAGCUUCAGCAGCAGCGCCGACAAAUCUUACCUCUCCCAUUUUUGCGACAAUACUACUCUGUUCGCAAACCACAGUAGCUAUCAAUCCAAUCUCAAUACCCUUCUCUCUUCUCUCUCCUCUAAUGCCUCUUCCAAUUCCAACAACGGCUAUCGUAACGCUACCAUCGGCCAGAGUCCCAAUACCGUUUAUGGUCACUACUUCUGCAGAGGCGAUGCCACCCACGACGUAUGUCGUGAUUGCGUCAAAGCCGCCGCUGCUGAUAUUUUCCGGCGCUGCACCAACUGCAAAAUUGGAUACAUUUGGUAUGACAUGUGUACUCUCCGCUACUCCAGCCAGAACUUCUUCAACUCUAUCUUCGAUUUUGUUUUCGACUACUUGUCGAAUAAACAGAGCGUCUCUGACGUGACUCGGUUUAAUCAGCUAUUGGUUGAUACCAUGGAAAAGGCCGCCACCACGGCUGUUUCCGAUUCUGAGAGAUUUGGCACUUGGGAUGCUAAUUUUUCGCAGUUUCAGAAGUUGUAUUGUCUGGCACAGUGCAGCCCUGAUAUUUCAGGGUUCGACUGUAACAGAUGUCUUACGGAAAGCAUUACUCUUCUCCUCAAUUGCUGCAGCGGAAAGCAAGGGGGAAGGGUUUUUAUUCCGAGCUGUAUUAUCAGGUUUGAGAUGUUCCCUUUCUAUCGAGUCACAGAUUCAGUUCCUUCGCCUCCACCUCCGAGCAACAAAACUACCUCUUUUCCUCCUGAGAAACAAGGAAGCUCGUCUAGCAAAUUUGUUGGGAUUGUGGUGCCAAUUGCUGCUGCAGGAGUAAUUAUUUUCUGCAUUCUCUGUUUUCUAAUCCGGAAGAAAAAGAAGGGCCUGUCAAAGAACAAUGAUGAAUACGCAAUUAGAAGUGUGGCAGCAUUGCAAUUUGGGUUCAGUACGGUCCUUGCAGCCACAAAGAACUUUGCAGAGGUCAAUAAAAUUGGUGAAGGAGGGUUUGGUUCCGUUUACAAGGGUAAACUUCCAAACGGACAAGAAAUCGCUGUCAAGAGGCGCUCAAAACAUUCAGAACAGGGUGCAGAAGAAUUCAAGAAUGAGGUUAUGUUAGUAGCAAAGUUUCAACACCGCAAUCUUGUUAGUCUAUUGGGAUUUUGCUUGGUGGGAGAAGAAAAGAUCCUAAUCUAUGAGUUUGUACCCAACAAAAGCCUCAAUUACUUCCUAUUUGAUCCUGAGAAACGCAAGCAGUUAGAUUGGGAAAGACGUUCCAACAUCAUAGGAGGGAUUGCUCGAGGGCUUCUUUAUCUUCAUAAAGAUUCGCACCUACAUAUUAUUCAUAGGGAUCUUAAAGCCAGCAAUAUCUUGUUAGAUGAAGAAAUGAAUGCCAAGAUCUCAGACUUUGGGAUGGCAAGAAUAUUUGGCAUGGACCAAACUCAAGCCAAUACAAACAGAAUAGUCGGGACUUAUGGUUACAUGGCUCCGGAGUAUCUAAUGCAUGGAAAGUUCUCAGUCAAAUCAGAUGUAUUCAGCUUUGGUGUAUUAGUUUUGGAGAUUAUAACUGGAAAGAAGAAUAGUAGUUUCUAUCAAUCAGACUUUGCUGAGGACCUUUUAAGCUAUGCAUGGAGACAUUGGAAAGCAGGAACAAUCUCAGAUUUGAUUGAUCCCAACCUGAGAGAAAAUUGUUCAAGAAGUGAAGUGAUGAGAUGCGUUCAAAUGGGGUUAUUGUGUGUUCAGGAAGAUGUAGCUGACAGACCCACUAUGGCGAACAUAGUCCUUAUGUUGAACAGAUUAAAAGUUACUCUUCCAUUACCCUCAGAACCAGCCUUUUUUUUGCGUAGCAGAAUGGAAUCUAAAUCAGAUCAAUCUAAAAGCAGGUCGACAGCAAUAUCCUUCAAUGAAAUGUCAGUCACUGAGUUAGAACCCAGAUAAUGUGAGUGGAUGAAGGGUAAGGGACAGUAAGUGUAUGAUGUGGUUGGGCUUGUGCAACAUUAUGUUAUGCCUUGAAUGAAAAUAAUCCAUUCACUGAAGCAAGUGAAUAGAAUUCAUAUAUUCCUCACAGCAAGAAACAUAGUAGUGUUGGCGACUGGCAAAGGGGUUGAUAAUGAAAGAGCAAAGUAGUGAGGAACAGAAAUUUAAGGAACGCGAGGUCCUGUUUGCAUGCUAGGGGUUAUGUCUCAUCUGACUACUUCCUGCUGCCUAAUGAGCUUGCUAGGGAAGUGGUUGGCACUUAGCACAUUGUCAUUAUAUCUGGGCAACCACCCCAUUGAGUAUUCUGCUAUGGGAGGCCUAGGCUUUGGCCUUUCUUCUUAUUGUUGUUGUAUAAAUGCUUUUGUACCAUAAAUGUUUAUAUUUCCAAUCUCGUCUCAUUUGCAAUUAAA